AUGUCAUUUCCUUCAGCUAGUUCGGGUGUUGGCCAUGGUCGUCCCACAUCCACGACGCCCGAUCAGCACGUCAGUAACUUCGCGUCUCCUCAAACGUCCGUCGGCUUCCAAGAUCAGCGUCUUCACCACGAGACACCCUAUGAUCAGUAUACACCAGCUGCGCAGUUCGGUAAUGAUCAUGACUAUCAACCAUAUGUGCCUCAACACGACAUGGGAAGCGCGUGGAACGCUGGAUUAUCUGGCUUUGACAGUUCUUCAGAGGAUCCUCUCGCCCGCCUUCUCGAUGCAACCGGUGCAACUACACAUUUCCCUGCUUCUGUCGUCAACGAAGCGCAACACAGACCCGCCGCUGGCUCUGCACUCGACAUCAGCACAGGGUUUGCAUCCUUGAACCCUUCGACCGUACCAGUCCAGCCAGAAUUCGAUGCUGGACAGCUGAACUUCGGUCCCCGCUUCUCAAUACCGGUCGACAAUGCCUUUGCUCAGGAAGUCGAUCCCCAUUCGCUCUUCGACAGCUCCGGUGCAGAUUCAGGCUCAGCAGUUCAUGCUGCCCUGUCCAAGCGGGAGCCGUUCCACAGGUUCUUUGCCGGUGAAGAUCCGCUACACUGGGCAAGAUCCGCAUUCCAUCUUGGACUUGCGGCCCCGCCUCGCCAGUGUUCAAUUCAGAUCGGAGGCGAAUUGAUCAACUUUUGGCUACCGACCCAGAAGGAUUACAAUGAGUGGGACUUAGCCGAUGUCUCUUAUCUCAUGCAACGUUGCGACACUUUGAGGAUUGAAGUGAAUUGGCAGGCUUUGGACACUUACGGCUUUCAAGUUCGACCAUUGGUGGGAUUUACUCCGAUGGGAGGGUAUGACUAUCGACCAGUUGCACAGCAUCUCCCUCGGCCAGCUCCUCUGCAAGUCCCAGCUGGCAACCCCAGUCCACUCCAGGGCCUCCAAGUGCCGCUCAUGCACUUCCCUCAACCUUUGGAACAGAACACGGUACCCCAGCAGCCUCAGAUGGCGCAGCAAAAUCAGCAGCACGUUCAGGUAUCACCAUUGAAUCAUGGUCACUCCCAGGUCGUACAGCCUCAUGGAGCUUCAAACGCUCCAUCGCAGAGCCAAGAUGCAACGCACAGCUAUCAGGUUGUGCCAACUGCGCUGCCCCAACAGUCUCAUACAGUACCUGCUCCACGGCAGGAGAAGAAGCGUAAGGCUCGCAAGCGUAAAGUUCACAAUGCCCACGCCAUGAUGCAGCCUUCAGGCAAUGUGAAGAAGGCUGCUGAUGCUAUUAUCGAACUGCCUACGGCGGACGAUCGCAGGCAGCACCAGAGGAAUCUUGAGAUGGCUUGGUGGGAUCCCAAAGUCGACAACAGCACCGUUCCCGAGACCGACGAGGAUCAACACGCCUACGUGAAGAUCCUGAAGGAGGCCAUGCUGGACACCAGUCAAGCCAAGGACUCACAAGAGCCAAACACGUCCUUCACCAAGCGCUGGUCAGCGGCAGCUCUGACCAUACAUGGCUAUCCGAUAGCGACAGCGGAGAUGGAAGCCACCUGCUGGGACCUCGUCGAGAUGACUGUGAAACUACACAAGGACGGACCCGGGUUCCUCAAAGUCCACGACCAGCGACUCCAAGACAAGCUCGAAGCGGAGCAAGACCUGACGUUCCAGCAGCGCAUCGACACCAUGGUCACAGUCAUGCUUCUCUCCAAGGCUAGAGUUGACAAAUUGCUGAAGCACGAGAAUCUUGGAAGCUUUGUCGGGCAUCCUAUGGAUAUCUUGAAGUCGACGCUGGGGAACCGUGGGCACAACAUCAGGCGUAAAGAUCAGAACCAGCGAGGUAAGAGGGCGCAGAAGGAGGAUGCAGAGCGCGCCGCUGCCGCUGCCGCUGGUUCUGGUGUUGCCGCAGACGGCGCUCAAGCUGCGGAAGAGGUCGAAGAGGAGGGGAAGAAGGCCGAUGAAGCAGAGGAGAAGUCGCGAGACGAAGGUGAAGACGAAAGGGCAGGAUUAGAAAGGAAGGACGACAACAACGACGACGAUGAUGACGACGAGGGUGAUAACGGCGGCAGUGGUAUGGCUGCUCGUAGAUCUCUUGCUGACACAAACAACGUGGUUGACCGUAAAGACGCCAGUCUCUCAGAAAGCCAGAACAAUGGCCGCAAUAGCACUGGCAGAUCGCAGCGUCAACCGUCGAACGCGAGAAGCCAUCGAGCGGGCAAGCAGUCACCGUCAUCGGGCAGGUCCUCAACAAGACAUGGGACACACACGCCCUUCCCAUCGCGAGGGCACACUACACCCGUGAUCGAUCAACACCCCCCAGCGCGACCGGCUGCGAGUCCAGCUGCUCAGCGACCACGUCCAGCACCUCAGCCUGUUGCAUCACCCCUCGCACCGUCUGGCGCCAGUCGCAAGCGACCCUCCACCAGCCACCACGAACUCAGCCAGCCUUCGUCGCCAAAGCACUCUCGCAGCGCCUCAUACACUGCGUCAGACGACGAGGUCAUCUACGAUGCGCCUCGCGCUUCUUCAGGGCCGUCAUCUCCAGGCAAGCGCCGCUCCCCCGACGCCAACCUCGACGACACAUACACUCGACACAAGAGCGCUCGCACCGUCGACCGUCAAAUAAUCGCGCCGAGACGCAGCCGUCGACCUCCUCCAUAG